AUGUCAGCAAUAGAGAGCUUCGACAACAUCUUCCUUGACCUCUCCAAAGAGAGCGGCAAGUGUCGAUUCUCCGAAAACGGCCUUGGCUGGAAGCCCUCGGGCGGCGGCAACACCUUCACCCUCGAACGAAACGACAUCGCAAGUGGUCAAUGGAGUCGCGCAGCCAAGGGAUACGAGGUCAAGAUCCUCAAGCGAUCAUCCGAAGUCAUUCAACUGGAUGGCUUCCAGGAGGAUGAUCUGCAGAGGCUAACUAAGGUCUUCAAGAACUGGUACAGCAUCAACUUGGAGACCAAGGAGCAUGCGUUGAGAGGAUGGAAUUGGGGCAAGACCGAGUUCACGAAAGCGGAACUCGUCUUCAACGUCCAGAACAAACCAGAUUUUGAGAUACCGUACUCGGAAAUCUCAAACACCAACUUGGCCGGUCGAAAUGAGGUCGCCAUCGAGUUCGCUGCCUCCGACGAAGCUGAUACAGGAACCAACGGACAUCUCGGUGGUGCACGUGGAAAGGGCAAGAAGUCGGGUGCUGGUGGAGACCAGCUGGUUGAGAUGCGCUUCUACAUCCCUGGUGUUACCACACGCAAAGAAACCGAAGGCGAGGAGGCCGGGAGCGAUGCCGAAGGCGAAGAGGAGAAGAAUGCCGCCACCCUGUUCUACGAAACGCUCAUUGAGAAGGCCGAGAUUGGUGAGACGGCUGGUGACGCCAUCGCUACCUUCCUUGAGGUCCUGCAUCUCACGCCCAGAGGACGUUUCGACAUCGACAUGUACGAAAGCUCUUUCCGACUACGUGGCAAAACCUACGACUACAAGAUUCAGUACGAGCACAUCAAGAAGUUCAUGGUCCUACCCAAACCCGACGAUCUACAUUGCAUGCUGUGUAUUGGUCUGGAUCCUCCCUUGCGCCAAGGUCAGACCCGCUAUCCUUUCCUGGUCAUGCAAUGCAAGAAGGACGAGGAGAUUACCAUCGACCUGAACUUGACGGAUGACCAACUCGAGGCCAGUUACAAGGACAAGAUACAGUCCCAUUACGAGCAGCCUAUUCACCAGGUUAUCACUUAUUGCUUCAAAGGCCUGGCGAACAAGAAGAUCGUCUCUCCUGCGAAGGACUUCCAAACUCACCGCCAACAAACUGGCAUCAAGUGCUUUAUCAAGGCCAGCGAAGGAUUUUUGUAUUGCCUUGAAAAGGCAUUCAUGUUCGUUCCCAAGCCCGCUACCUACAUUAGCUAUGAUCAGACUGCCAGCAUCACAUUCAGUAGAGUGGGCGGUGCUGUAUCAACGCUUUCCACUUUCGACAUAACCGUUCACAUGAAGAACGGCGGUGGUGCAACGUCGUUCAGCAACAUCAACCGUGAAGACCUGAAGGCGCUUGAAGACUUCUUCAAGCUCAAGGGCUUGAGAGUCAAGAACGAGAUCGAGGAGGAGUCUAACCUUCUGGCGGCCGCCAUGCGUGCUGAGGCCCUGUCCGACAGCGAGGAGGAGGUGGUGCGUGGAGGCGCUGAUAGAGGUUCUGCUGAUGAGGACGAGGAGAGUGUGGACGAGGACUUCCGGGCAGACUCUGAAUCUGAUGUUGCUGAGGAGUACGAUUCAGCUCAUGAAUCCUCUGGGUCAGGGAGCGGCGAGAGUGGUGUCGAAGACGAAGACGAAGAGAUGCCAGAUGCUGAUGACUAA